AUAUAUAUAUACUGUAUAUAUAUAGUACUCAAACACACAUUCAUUCUCUUAUUAUAAUACAGAAGAGGAGAAUAUGUAACACAAUAAAUGAAAAACAUGGAAAAACAAACAUGAAGCACAACCUGUGUGUGUGUGUGUGUGUGUGUGUGUGUAACAGAUGGUGUGUUAAUCCUCCACAAUGAACAGAUGUACUUCUUCAGAUUUUCAGAUUAACACACACACGUUAUCCUGCGUUGUGAUUGGCUGCUGAGGUUGAACCCUGAGAAGUGGGUCGAGGGGACACGUGUUUAAUGUGUGUGUGUGUGUGUUUGUGUGUGUGUAUGUGUGUGUUUGUGUAUGUGUGUGUGACCACAGAAAACAGUGCAGUCUAUUUUUUCCUCGUCUUUGCUUUUGUUUUUUUUCAGGAAUGUUGACUUUAGAUUUCUUUAGAGGUGCUUUGAGAUCAUAAAAAAUGUUCUGAAGAUCCUUAAAGAACUUAAUGGGUCACUGAAGAGGUUCCAGGGUUCUAGUGGAGGUUCUAUGGGUCCAGAACCAGAAACCAGCUGCAAAAUCUGUUUGGUUUUAGCCGCAGGAAUGUGUGACAUACAGGUGUACUGUGACUUACGGGUGUACUCUGAUGUACGGGUGUACUCUGACGUACGGGUGUACUGUGAUGUACGGGUGUACUGUGACGUACGGGUGUACUGUGACCUAUGGGUGUACUCUGAUGUACGGGUGUACUCUGAUGUAGGGGUGUACUGUAACGUACGGGUGUACUGUGACGUACGGGUGUACUGUGACGUACGGGUGUACUCUGAUGUACGGGUAUACUGUGACGUACGGGUGUACUCUGAUGUACGGGUGUACUGUGACGUACGGGUGUACUGACUUACGGGUGUACUGUGACCUAUGGGUGUACUCUGAUGUACGGGUGUACUCUGAUGUACGGGUGUACUGUAACGUAUGGUGUAGUGUAGCGUACGGGUGUACUGUGACGUACGGAUGUACUGUGAUGUACGGGUCUAGUGUAACGUACGGGUGUACUGUGAUGUACGGGUGAACUGUGAUGUACGGGUGUACUGUGACGUACGGGUGUACUGUGACGUACGGGUGUACUCUGAUGUACGGGUACACAAUAUGACUAACAUUUUUCUGAGCUACCUGUCUCUCUCUCUCUGUCUAUCUGUCUGCCUGUCUGUCUCUCAGCAUGUAACGUCACCAUCCAUAACCGCUGCAGAGACAGUCUGGCCAGUUGUGCCAAGAUGAAGCAACGGCAACAAAAGCUGACGCUGUCGAGAAACAGUUCAGCUCUGCAGAACGUCACCAUGCGCACCAAAACUCCGAUGAUGAAGGAGCGUCCCAGCUCGGCCAUCUAUCCCUCCGACAGUCUUCGUCAGUCUUUGCCCCGACGCGUCCGCUCCGGCCUCUCAUUGGCUAAGAGCGUCUCCACCAAUAACAUCGCAGGGAUGAGUGAGGAGUCUGUGGGUCUCAGGAGGAUUCUGUCUCAGUCCACUGAGUCUCUGAACUUCAGGAGCAGGACUCUCUCCAUGGAGUCUCUGACUGACGACGGUGAGUGGUGGUGGAGCCCCCUGCUGGAGGAGCUGCAGGAGGAGGGCAGCUGUGUUCAGCUGGACAGCUGGAGUCUCGUUGUGGAGAAAAACUUCCUGCAGACGCUUCAUAAAGAUCUGAUCAAGAAACAGGACGUCAUCUACGAGUUGAUCCAGACUGAGUUCCACCAUGUACGGACCCUGAGGAUCAUGGAGGGUGUGUACCGGAGGGGGAUGCUGGAGGAGGUGAUGCUGGAGGCGGCCGUGGUUCACACCAUCUUCCCCUGUCUGGACCAGCUGCUGGAGUGGCACUCGGCCUUCCUGUCAGAGCUGCUGAGCCGCAGGAGGGAGGGUCUGACGGAGGGGAGCUCCUCCAACUUCACUGUCCGCUGCAUUGGAGACCUGCUGCUCAGACAGUUCUCAGGUCAGUGUGCAGACGACAUGAAGAAACUUUACUCUGAGUUCUGCAGUCGACACCCGAAAGCUGUGAAACUCUACAAAGAAGUUUUAACUCGAGAACGAAGGCUGCAGCAGUUUGUCAGGCGAGCCGGUCGAGGUCCUCUGCUGCGUCGUCAUGGCGUCCAGGAGUGCAUCCUGCUGGUGACUCAGCGAAUCACAAAGUACCCGGUCCUCAUCCAGCGGAUCCUCGACAACACCAAAGGUAAUGAAGAGGAGGCACAGGCGUUGAGACGAGCUCUGGUCCUCCUGAAGGAGCUGAUCGGCUCGGUGGACCAGGAGGUGCUGGAGCUGGACCGGACCAGGAGGCUCCAGGAGAUCCAGGCCCGUCUGGACCCCCGGGCUCAGACGGAGGUCCGAGGAGGAGGAGUCUUCAUGGGCGGAGAGCUGCUGAGGAGGAGGCUCCUCCACGAGGGGGCGCUCCUCUGGAAGGUCCAGGGCUCCAGGAUGAAAGAUGUGCAGGUCCUGCUGAUGUCAGACAUCUUGGUUUUCCUUCAGGAGAAAGAUCAGAAGUUCACCUUCGCGUCACUGGACAAGUCUCCGGUGGUCUCUCUGAAUAACCUGAUCGUCAGAGACAUAGCAAAUCAGGAGCGAGGGAUGUACCUGAUCAGUGCCUCCACCCCUCCAGAGAUGUACGAGCUGCAUGCUUCAUCCAAAGAAGGCCGGAAGACCUGGAUGAGCCGCAUCCAGCAGACUGCUCUCAGAUGUCCGUCCAGAGACGAGUUUCCUCUCAUCGAGACUGAAGACAAAGCGUUACUGCGCAGACUCAGAGCUGACAUCCAGCAGAAGGACAGGGAGGUGCUGGAGCUCCUCCAGGAGCGAGUGACUCUGUUUUCUGACCUGGUGGAGGCGACAGGAAGAGGAGGAGGAGAUGAAGAAGGAGGUGUGGAUCUCAGCAGCACCUUCUCCUCCUGCAGGAACCUGUUCAGGGCAGACACUCCUCACGCUCCUCAGGCGGAGCCGCUCCUCACCUCCUCCAUCACUGAGGUGGACAAACUGACUGAACUUCUGCUGAACUCUAACGUCCACAAAUCCUUCGUAACCAACGGCAACCAGGAGCUCAGCAGUGAGUCACCUGACCACACCCAUAACCUAAGUUUUAUUUUAUUUUAUUUUUUUUAUGUUAAUAUUUAGAAAAGCAGAAAUUAUCACAUUUAAGAAGAAAAUGUUUUUUUUGCUCAAAAAUUACUAAAUUAUUAUAGCUGCUGAUGAACGUCUAUGUGUCCUUGUGUCUAUGUGUCCUUGUGUCUAUGUAUCUAUAUGUCCAUGUAUCUAUGUGUCCUUGUGUC